UUUCCAUCUAAUUUUUGCUCAUUUCCGGUGUAUUCUAGUUCAAACACGCUUUACUAACAUAGGGCAAAUGCCUUCUGAAGACAGAGAGCUAUCACCGACUAAUACGACAUCUCUCAAGGAGUUCCCCAAGACUAAGAACCGAAAGAGAAGGAGCGACGCAGAGACUCUCGCCGAGGAGGAGGUUUCGUGCAAGAAGAAACGAUCAACAGUAGAUGAAUCAGCUCGAAACAUAUCAGAUUUGGAUCUACCGAUGAAUCUUGCUACGGAAGUUCGUGACGGCAUCCGUUAUCUCGCACCUUACUGGGCUGUGUAUCGCACGAGAACAAAGGGGCGAUGGAUUGGGCGGAAAAUGGUUGAUGUCUUUGCUCAAGAGUUUCUCUCUCUCAACAAGAAUUAUCCGAAAAUCGCAUGCAAGUUGGGACGAAUGUAUGUGAAUGGCAAGAUGAUGCUGGAUGUGAAUUACGUACUCAAGAAUGGUGACUCUAUACAUCAUUGGGGACAUCGACAUGAACAUCCAGUAUGUUCCUUUUCUCUUUACAUGGUUGAUACAGACUAUGAUUUACUGGUGGUUGAUAAACCUCCCUCACUGCCUGUACAUGCCUGCGGUCAGUAUGCCGUACAUACCGUUUUGGGUCAGUUACGAGUCAACCACAAUCGGACAGGGUUGAGGGUUUUACAUCGUCUUGACAGAACAACGUCAGGUGUUCUACUGUUUGCCAAGAACUACGAAACAGAUCUCGAGUUCAAGAAGACACUGAAGGAUGGAAAUUGGUCGAAAGAGUAUGUUUGCAAAGUCGAGGGUGUUUUCCCAGACGAGGAACUAGAGUGUAACGAACCUAUUGGCACUCUAGUCAUCAGUAUGGGCAUUCAAUGUGUUCGCCCAGAUGGCAAACAAGCUCGAAGUAGAUUCAAGAAGUUAUGGUCUGACGGAAAGCACUCAGUGGUUUCUGUAAAUCUUUACACUGGUCGAACUCAUCAAAUACGUGUACACGCUCAAUAUUUAGGAUAUCCUAUUGUCGGUGAUCGCAUUUAUAACUCCUCUGUUUGGGGACCACAGAAGGGAAAAGGAGCAGAAUACGGGAAAUCUUAUGAACAGUUAUGUGUUGAUGUACGAGAAGCUCAUCGCGGUUCUAACUGGCAUGAGACCGUAGAUCCAGAAUAUGAGUCGAGAAUGGAAAGGAUGGCCAGCGAAGAACUGCAACCAGAACCUUACGAAUAUGAUAGCAAAGAUCGACCAUCAUACGACCCUAUCUGCCUAAACUGUAACGUUGUGAAAAAGCAGGUUCCGAGAGAGCAUUUCCAACUAUUUUUGCACUGUCUCAAAUAUUCAACGGAAAAGUGGAGCUAUAGCACACCAAUGCCAAGCUGGGCCGUGCAACCGGAUAUAAGCUGACGUUGAAUACGAGUCAGUUUAAGGUUUAGCUAGAAUCCAGCGCUUUUGAAUGCUUCUACAACUCCUGCGUAAACCUGAACAAAGCAUCAUGAAGUAUUUUCGGUACAAGCAAAAAGUCUUUGAGCGGACCUCAUCAGGAUUCUUAUCACUGGGCACUUCCUUUACCAGACCUAGCUUCUCGUAAUGUUGAAUUAUUGGGAGUGUUUCUUUGUUAUAUGUUUCGAUUCGCUUCCGUAAUGAUUCCUCAUUGUCAUCACUACGUC